ACUAGCUCUUAAUCUCAUUCCUGCACUUCUUCAAUUUCGUCUUUUCUUUCCUUUUCACUCCACAACACCCUGAGCCUAUCGCCGACCAACCCACUUCCUUCUACUACUCCUAUGUCUCUUAUGCUUCUGACUGGCUAUAAACAUGUCGUCUAAGUCGAUGUUCUUUUUCCUUUUGGGAGUGACCUUUCUUGCAGUUUUCGGGACAGAGGUGCACUGCUUCUCCUGGAGGCCGCGACCUGCGGAUGUAGGCCGUCAGGUUACACUCCAGCACCCACAACGCAGUAGCGAUAACAUCGCCCUACUCAACGAGCAAUCAGAGAAGAGGUUAUCCAAUGUUUACACUGCCGCACUUCAAGAGCUUCAAGACCUGGAGUCUGAACCUCUCUGUCAUCGCAUCGCUGCACGCCUGCUAGUCAACAACUGUCACCUCCUGGAUGGCCAAGACGACGCCAAGGUCCAUAUUGAUAGCGGGAGAGCAGCUCGCGACUUUGUGGAUUCGUAUGCAGCAAGCCUUGCUAUUUGCGACUUGGAGCGCGGCAGUUUCAGAAUUCCGGUAUCCUGCUCCAAGUUUCGAGAGGCAACCCUGGCGACCCUUUCUGCUUCACCUAUCCCACAACUCCAUGUUUCGACUGUUGAGAUUGAUGAGUGUCUCGAGGGCCUUGCUCAGUCAGAUUCGGCUUGGAAUACAUGGGUGAGCUAUCGUCACAAAGCGUUGAGGUUCUGCGAUGCCGCAAGGGCAGAUCAUCAGAAAGAUGAGAACAUCCUCCUUUAUCAAAGAAUCACUAAGAUUCUAGAGAAACUCACCCGUGAUAUUGAGGCAGACAUGGAGGAGCGAUUCCAUUCGCUCAAUCGAGCAUAUACUGCCGCAAGCCAGUCUGUUGAAGACAUGGGGCCUCAUGUUCGACAUCUCCGUACAGAGAUGGAAAGAGCCAGUCGAAUUCUGCGAGAUGAUUUGGGCCGCGCUGCUCAGGACUCGCGCGAUGUCGUGGAAAGUGGUCUUCAGGAAACGAAAGUGCUCCACGAUCUUUUAGAACUUCUUACACGCUCAGUUCAAGAGAAGACUGCAGACAUCGUUGCAUCACAAAAGGUUGCUCUCCAAACGAGCACAAAGCAGUUAAGCAACGAAGUCGAUAUACUUAUGGCAUUGCUGGGUGCGGCCGUUUCGUCGUCUGUUUCUCUUCAGAAUCAAGUGGAAAUGACAGAAUCUCGGAGUGCAGAUAUCCUGGAGAAGCAGGUCAAAAUCGAAAAAGGUAUGGGGAAACUCGAAGAACUUGCCGAAGACUUGCUGGUCAAGUACGAUAACCAUGAAUCCCGCCUCGACAAGGCCUUUCGAAAGACCGGCCAGGUCCUGGACAUACUUGACGCAACUGCUGCAUCUGCCAGUGGAUUGCGAAGCUCUAUUUUAAGCAGUUUCGGGCUUUCAGGGGUUUGGCCGUACAUUAUUUGCCCUUUUUUGUCACUUGCAAUGGGAUCCUAUGGCCUCCAACCUUCCCUUGUGAGAAACAUAUGGCUCGUCGGGUUUGGUAAGUUUCUGAACUUACCAAAAGACUUUCGCUAAUUGUAUCAGGCGAGUUGAUGGGUAUGGUUGUGUCAAAAGCAGAUUCUUACAAAGAUGCUUUCGGCUUUCCAUCGAUAGUCGAAACCCCUGCUUCAACCUUCAACGGCACGUUCAAUGCCUCCCUCGCGGGGGAGAACAUUCUCAAAAGCGUUUGAUGCUUCGUUUUCGACAGCAUCCCAGUGAAAGUGAAAGAAGAAAGCGGGCUACGUAUGUUGGUUGUUUUGGGAUUCAUUUGAUAACAAGGCAGACAUGGGAUUAUGAACGGGAUGGGUACUUUCAGACUUGGCUCGCAUUUAUCAUAUAUUUUCUUAACUCUCGGGAUUCGGGAUUUGGGAUACGAGCUAGAUCACGCAUGGGAACAUACAGAGGCGCACCAAAAGGUUCCUAUGGAAUUUCGUGGCGCCAGGAGCAUAUCAGUUUGCUUUGAACAUAGGAGUCUUGCCAAUCAAUUUCAUAACCACUGC